GUCUGCUCACUUAUUCCAGAGAAAGAGGGCCCAAUUUCAAGUGAUGCAAGACAGUAAAAAAAACUAUUCUGGUAAAUGUCAAGUAGUCAUUUAUGGUGUAUGUCAUUUAAUGGAUGUGAAAUUAGAACUUUUUGGAAGGGGGUUCUGUGCCACAUAAAGACCUACAGAGAAGGAUGGGUAUAUUCUUUUUUACUGUAUUUCCAAAUGUAUUUUUAGCUUCAGUCCUAGUCUUUCUAGGAUUUAUAAAACCUUCGGAACUCUUCUAAUUUUUCUGCUACAAGCCUACUGUGAACAGCAUUGACUAGCUCAUCUCUCCCUUUCAAGACUGAGCAUCACCAACUCUUAGAGUUUCUACAGACCAUGUAGUGAUGAGAAAUUAGUUGAUAUGUGCUUUUUUGCCUUUUUUAAAGUUUUGGCAAUUUAGAAUAGCAUUAUUUAUUUAUUUAUUUUUCUGGAAAUGCUUCAUUGACAAUAGGAAAGAAAUCGGGAAGAUAACCCAAGGGGCGUCAUAGGUAACAGCUGGUAGGUAACAAGGCACAGAAGAGUGUCUCCAAGGAUCUUGGCUUUCCUAGAGAAAUACACAAAACAACUGAGGACCUGUUCCCUAAGGAUAAUGAGUUAUUUAGUGAACAAACAGACAUUGCUCUGUUGUAUUCAGUGCACUCAAAUGUUGCUUCUUAAUGCUUUAAGAAGGGAUUAAUCUCCAUUUUCCUCCACACCUUGUAUGGUUAGGUGAACCAUGCGCAGAUUCACUGGGGUGAGGAAGCUAAUCUGUUAAAUCACUGUGAGCAGUGAGUGUUUCCUCUUAUGUUGUAAGAGAGGUCACAGGACUUCACUGUUUGGUUCCUUCUUACAUGUUCAAUGACUGAACCCAGUCCUAGCAGCAUCCUCAUAGCUAAUGGAGAGGAAAGUGCUGUCCUUUUCUUCUAGGCAGCCUAAGAAAGCCAAGUUGAUAAAAGGACUUGCCAGUUCUCCUUUUUUACCUUAGUUAUACACCACAUUCCUGUGCUGUAUUGUAAAGCCAUACAGUUUGUCAGGAGUACUUCACAGCCAAAGCAGCAAACCUAGCCUUGGGAAGCUGCCUUUCUCCUUUUUCCGGUGAGACAGUCUAUUGCAGGGACAUUCAUUUAAAGCUACCUUACUCAGUUCUUGUCUUUAUUGGCCCCUUUCUUUUUGAUGCUGCUUUAUGGACCUUUAUGCAAAAUCAAAGUAACAUUUCUUCUGCCAUAAAAAGGCUUCUCUUUUGUGCCAGGAAGCAUAAGAAAGUGUCUCAUGAAGUAAGGCACAACAUUUUCUACUUGCGCUAGUUGAUGAAAAGAUUAUAAUGAACAAAUAUAGACCAUACUUUUCUUAUAGUCUGGGAAGAUUUGAGUGCCCAUACCAAUAUGUCUCCUUUUGAGUGUAGUUUUAUUCACCUCUGUUUUAUACUGGCAGAGUGUAGGCAUAAAUCCAGUGCCAUCUAUAAGUUACGCCCUGAGGUUCUAGGGUUGCUGUUUCAUGGUAUAUUGCAAGAAGCUGCUACCAGCAACUUCGCUGGUAUUAAGAAUUGUUUGACCUCCCCCUCUCCACAAAAAAAAAAAAACAAAAAACAAAAAACUGUUGUAACAUACUACAGAAAUUUUGUAUUUCCUGUACAGAUAAACAUAAGAAAGAUCAGUGAAGACAGAGUGAUCUUUCAUAGAUAAUAAUAAAAUUUACAGAGUCUCUAGGUAUCUGUCUAAGGCUACAUUCAUACUGAUUUUCCUGACAGUGCAGGAAAUCAAUACAGGAAAAUAUAGCAGAAUUCUUGAAUCAAAACAACAAAGUAUAUGCUAACAACAAUGUCUUCUGAGUUUCAAAUUCAACUUAGGAGGUUGGGUCUCUUCCUCACAGUUGUUAUUGUCCCAGUGUGAAAUCACCCAGCUGUGGAGGUGGAGUCAUUUCAGAGACCUGUAACUAUGUAGAAGAUGUUUUCAAUUAAACAAUUAAAGUCUGAAUUACAGACUUUUCCUUGGAGUUUGGCACCUUAAAAUUGGUCAUUCUUUUUUUCUAAAGAGCAGAAGCAAUGAAUUCCCAAAGAGUCAGUGGAAGGUACUCAGCUUGGAAACAACUUUGUUACACUAGAGGCUAGAUUUCCAUGUGUCCUGACUGUACUCAUAGUCCAUUAAUUACAAGUGCAAUUGCAGGUCUCUGAAAUUGAUCCAGAAAAAUUUUCCAGUAGAAUUGAAUGUGAAAGUCCAAACAAUGACCUCAGUCGCUUCCGAGGCUUUGUUGAACAUUCAAACAAGGAUAGAGUGGGCCUCAGCAAGGAGAACUUACUGCUCCGAGGAUGCACAGUAAGAAACACAGAGGCUGUUGUAGGCAUUGUGGUAUAUGCAGGUCAUGAAACCAAAGCCAUGCUGAAUAACAGUGGACCUCAUUACAAGCGCAGUAAAUUGGAAAGAAAAGUGAAUUCUGAUAUUCUUUGGUGUGUUCUGCUUCUAAUUUUAAUGUGUUUAACUGGUGCAGUAGGCCAUGGAAUUUGGUUAAGUAGGUACUCAGAAAUACCUUUUUUUAACAUCCCUGAUCCAGAUGGGAAAUCGAUUCCUCCAGCAUUAGCAGGGUUCAACAUGUUCUGGACAAUGAUCAUUUUAUUACAGGUCUUGAUCCCAAUUUCUCUCUAUGUUUCAAUUGAGAUUGUCAAGUUGGGACAAAUUUAUUUAAUACAGAAUGACAUUGAUUUUUACCAUGAGAAAACGGACUCUACAAUUCAGUGUCGAUCACUGAAUAUUGCUGAAGACCUUGGCCAAAUUCAGUAUAUCUUCUCUGAUAAGACUGGAACACUCACUGAAAAUAAGAUGGUUUUUCGGCGAUGCAGCAUUGCGGGACAGGAGUAUUGCCAUGAGGAAAAUGCAAAGAGGUUGGAGUCUUAUCAAGAGAUGGAUUCAGAAGAUGAGGAUUCAGCUGAUGCCCAGUAUGCUUCCUUGAACCAUAUGUCAAAAAGAAGGGGUCACAGCUACAGAGCUGUGAAUGAAUCUUUGAACAAAAAGUCUUUGGAUCAGUUACCUGGUAGUUACCCUGCGGCAGGAAGGGAAAAUUCAGCAAGUGAUGUUCCCCAUGCAGGACAUGUUGCUUUCAGCAGCCGCAUUGAAACGGAUGUUGUACCAGACACACAGCUGCUGGAGAAGUUCAGUCAGAUUUCUUCUCAUUCCUAUCAACAAUCAGAAGAUGCCAUCAGCAAGUUAUCUUUGGAGACAGUGUACAUCAUUGACUUCUUUAUUGCUCUGGCAAUCUGUAAUACUGUUGUAGUUUCAGUCCCCAAUCAGCCACGUCAGAAGAUGAGACACUCUUCACUGGGUAGGAUGCCUAUUAAAUCCCUUGAGGAAAUCAGGCAGAUGUUCCAGCGGUUGUCAGUCCGGAGACUAAGUUCCUCCCCACUUCCAAGCAUAAAAGAGUCAUCAUCUGAAAGCCCAAAUAGCUUUGUGAGCAAACUGUCUAUUUUCAGAAUGAAACUUGCUUCACCUGCUUUGGAUGGAGCUGCUCAAAGGGCUGCUGAGCCUCUCAACCCUGACAGCCCAGAAAAUCCCCAACUACCCGAAGAACUAGAUAUGGUGAAAGUAGCUGCAGGCAGCGAACACCAUAGUGCUGGGUCAUCUAUGAAAGGGUCAUCUCCCUUACCUAAACUGUGUUAUGAAGCUGAGAGUCCAGAUGAAGCUGCCUUAGUUCAUGCUGCAAGGGCUUAUAGAUGUGUUUUACAGUCUAGGACUCCUGAUCAAGUAACUGUGGACUUCACAGGUCUGGGAUCUUUAACAUUUCAACUCUUGCAUAUCCUGCCUUUUGACUCAGUGCGAAAAAGGAUGUCAGUGGUGGUUCGGCACCCAGUCUCCAACAAAGUGGUGGUUUACACAAAAGGUGCAGACUCAGUCAUGAUGGACUUGUUGGGAACUGCAUCUCAAGGCACUAAGAAUUCAGAAAUGGAACAAAAGAAGAUUAAAGAGAGAACUCAGAAGCAUUUGGAUGACUAUGCCAGAAGGGGACUGCGCACUCUUUGUAUUGCUAAAAAGGUGAUGAGCGAUGAGGAAUAUACAGAGUGGUUAAAUCAUCAUUUUCUAGCAGAAACCAGCAUUGAGAAUAGGGAGGAGCUGCUGCUUGAAUCUGCCAUCAGGCUUGAGACCAAACUAACUUUGCUUGGUGCCACUGGCAUUGAAGAUCGCCUGCAGGACGGUGUUCCAGACACAAUACAGGCAUUACGGAAAGCGGGAAUAAAAAUAUGGAUGCUGACGGGUGACAAGAGAGAAACAGCUGUCAACAUUGCCUAUGCUUGUAAACUGCUAGAGCCAGAUGACAAAAUCUUCACUCUCAAAUCACAAAGUAGAGAUGCUUGUGCUUUGGUGAUGAACAAAAUUUUAGAAGGCAUCCAGAAGAAUACUUCUGCCAAAAAAACAAAAAGUCAGAAACUUAGGAAUGUCUCUGCAAGUCCCUCUACUCAAGCUGCUGGGUUCAGUGCAGGUCUGGUUAUUGAUGGAAAGACUUUAGAGCAUGUCCUUCAUGACAGCCUGCAGAAUAUUUUCUUGGAGCUUACAGAAAAAUGUCGAGCUGUAGUCUGCUGCCAAGCCACACCACUGCAGAAGAGUGUCCUGGUCAGACUGGUGCGAAAUAAGCUAAAGGCAAUGACAUUAGCUGUAGGUGAUGGUGCCAAUGAUGUCAGUAUGAUCCAGGUGGCUGACACUGGUGUGGGAAUCUUGGGCCAAGAAGGCAUGCAGGCUGUGAUGGCAAGUGACUUUGCAAUCUCUCAGUUUAGACACCUCAGGAAGCUGCUGCUUGUACAUGGUCACUGGUGUUAUACCAGACUUACCAACAUGGUGCUCUACUUCUUCUACAAGAAUGUGGCCUAUGUGAACCUCUUGUUCUGGUACCAGUUCUUCUGUGGGUUUUCAGGCACAUCAAUGACUGACUAUUGGAUCUUGAUUUUAUUCAAUCUCCUUUUUACAUCGGUGCCACCCAUCGUUUAUGGUGUCUUGGACAAAGAUGUGUCUGCAGAGAUACUCAUGCAGAUCCCGCAGCUGUAUGUGAUGAGCCAGAAAUCUGUGGCCUACUUGCCUUCAACUUUCUGGAUAACCUUGCUGGACGCUUUUUACCAAAGUCUUGUUUGCUUUUUUGUGCCUUACUUCACUUACUAUGGCUCAGACAUAGACAUUUUUUCUUUCGGAAAUCCUAUAAACACAGCAGCUCUCUUCAUAAUAUUGUUGCACCUUCUCAUUGAGUGCAAGUCUGUGACGUGGAUACAUGCAGUAGUUAUAGUUGGCAGCAUCCUAUUUUACUUUAUCUUUGCUCUGGCUUUUGGGGCAACCUGCAUAACACAUAACCCACCAUCAAAUCCAUAUUGGAUCAUGGAAAGGCACAUGACAGACCCAGUAUUUUACCUCGUCUGCCUCCUGACUACUUGUGUUGCUCUGCUGCCCAGAUAUUUGCUGAGAGUUCUCCAAGGAACGUUGUUUCCGUCUCCGGUGUUGAGAGCCAAGCACCUUGACAAACUGAUCCCUGAGGAGCAGAGGGAAGCAAUUAAGAGAUGGAAAGAUGAUUGCGUUGUAAACUGUAGAAUGGAAUUCCAGGUUACUUCUGGGUCUUCCAGCUCAGCCACAGGUGCUGUAUCAGAGGAAGAAAGCAUUGCCAAUGUUUUGCCAACUUCUAAAACACCUUUUCAGGCCUGUUCAAGAGGGAGGUUAGUGGAGGAAGUCUCCUUAUCAGACAUUCAGAAUGAGUCUGGGACUGCAAACAACCAGAGCUCUGAAAGGACUGUAUUUCUGAAUUCAUCAAAGGAAACUAAUUCAGACUCUUAUGGAAGUAGUAACUGCUGUGCUGAAGUCUCUCGGAAUACUUCUGAAGAGGACAAAAGUGUCAUUUCUCUAGCAGAUUUGAACACAAAGCAGGUUUGAAUUGUUUUGUGUGCACAAGCUGGUUUAAUGUAAUUUACGGAGUUGGAAUGUGAACUAUUGAAAAUCCAAGAAUAAUAACUGCUGAUGUAUGCUACGUUGCGGUUUUGUUUUCUUCAGCCAAGGAAGAUGAUGCACCCAUUUGCUUAAAAGCUUUUGUGUUUAUAAAACUUUUCAGUAAUUUAUUAAGACAUUCAAGGCCUAAAUGGCUGAGUUUUGUUAUUUUUUUAUGUAGUAGACUUUUCAUACUGCUUCUGUUGCAUAAUGCCUCUUGGUGUUAUAGAGAGGACAUUGUAUGAAUUACAGAUCUGUGGGAUCUAGUUCAGGUAAGAUUCACUCUAUAAUAAGCCAUGUUGGUCCCUUGCAUUGCUGUCUUAAAAUUGUCAUGUUGCCUGGGAUUCGUGGCAUGCUGAAGUAUGCAGUAAGCAGAAAGCCUGGGAUGCAGUGUUUUUAGUUGGUUUGUUGCAAGACUUCUCAGUGUUUGUAUAUAGCAAUUGUUUUAACCGUUGUCAGCCAGCUCCUCCACCUUCUAUUGCUAAAACCAUCUCACUGCUGUCCAAACUCAACUUAAACCAUCAGGAAAGUGUCCCGGAUGAGACACGCAGCUCCCUCACCUUUCUCUCCCACAAGAGGAGAAAAUUUGUGUGCAGCUUUUUAUUCUCCAUGGUAGUUCAUCCUCUUGCUUCAUCCUUUCUCUUUGUCUCCAUGUUCCCUUUCAUGUCUUUCACGCUGACUGGACUUCUUUCCCUCUUCACCCAACUUGUAUGUUAUUUGCCUCAGUUUUCUCUAGACUCUACCUCAUGCCUGCACUGGAAAAUCAUCUGCAAGUGGCAAUGGGUAGCUCCCAUGUGUCCACAGACAGUGCAACUUGUAGCUGAUGACAUUUCUCUUCUUGACUCUCAGGUGUUUUUACAUUCCUCCAGACUUUUAUAAUAAACAACAGUAAGUAUCUACAAAGGCUGUUCAAAAGUAUAGCCAUUUGUGAGCCCCACAUUUUCCCACUGCUCUGCAAGCUGCACAAAAGCUAGCUGAGAUGUGUGUGGCUUAUUUCUGGAGUUCUGGCUGUCAAAAAUAUUGCCUCCUUUUUAUUUCUCUGCCCAAAAAUGUACGUGGCCAAUUUAUGGAGGAAUUUAAGAAAUUGUUUGUAUCCAUUAGCACCUGUUGAAAUAAACUAUUUCCUCAAACUUCA